UUGGGGGCUCUAAACAAUAACUAACAUUACCUGUUUUGUCGCAAAGGCUGUAGGCAGGAUCGAUGAAUUAUAGCAUUUUACCGUGGAUAGUACAUUCUGUUUGGAACCCCAAUGUCUGACGCGGACAUCCGUUGGCAGAUUCCUGUUGCCUGUGGAGCAGCCCUAUCCGGUAUCAUCGUGGCCAUCGUCUGUGUGGCUUGUGCCAGGAAUAUUAAGUCGCAAAAAGGUCUCCACAAAUCUGAACUCGGCAGACAAUCUGCACUUACAAGUCCAACGCUGAAACAAAUAAGAACUGAUGAUGCAAUAUUUUCAUUGGAUGAAUGUCAUCUAAAAUACGGUAAUAAUUUCAGGCGACCUGAAUCAAUCAUACCUGACUAUGAAACUGGAAAUUUGAGAGUGAAAACAAAAACUCAAACUAACCAAGUGGCUGUAGGAACACACAGCACACUCAAUCGGAGACACAGUUCCUUAACAUUGGAUUACACUAUACCCACAAUUCCAAGACCGAGUAUUAAGAGAAAACCUGAUCCAGAGAAAGCCAUGCGAUGGGAUGUUCACGAAUACACUUUGAAUGAACUAAAGUCAGCUAGGACUAAAACAAACAACGUUGAAAACAUGCAGCUUAAUAGGUCUAAAAGUGUAACCGUGAUCAGUAACAGGGAAACUAAACAAUAUUUUCAAGAGAAAAAACUCAGGCGUUCAACAAGCGGUGCGUAUUGA